AUGUUAAUCCUUGUUGACAUCUGUAUUGCAGAUGUGUGGUCAUGUGGAGUGACAUUAUAUGUCAUGCUAGUUGGUUCCUAUCCUUUUGAGGACCCUGAUGAACCAAAGGACUUCUGGAAGACAAUACAAAGAAUUCUAAACGUUCAAUAUACCAUUCCUGAAAAUAUUCAGAUAUCUCAGGAAUGUCGCCACCUGAUCUCGAGGAUCUUUGUUCAAGACCCUAUACUGAGGAUUACGAUCCCAGAGAUCAAAAACCAUCAGUGGUUUUUAAAGAACCUUCCUGCAGAUCUCAUGGAUGAGAAGACAAUCAGCAACCAGUUUGAAGAGCCUGAUCAGCCCAUGCAGAGCAUUGAUUUGAUUAUGCAGAUAGUUUCCGAGGCCACUGUACCACCAUUAGGCCUUUAUAACCUGGAAAUGGAUGAUGACAUGGAACUGGAGGACUUGGAUUCUGAUCCCGACCUUGAUGUCGACAGCAGUGGAGAGGUCAUAUAUGCAAUCCGAGUGCAGUCUGAGUCUGGAAUUCGAAAAAUCAGUUCCAGCAAGUAA